UGCGGCUGGGCGCCGAUGGAGCUGCUCAAGAAAUGGCUGGCCCACCCGGAGGAGCUGUACAACCUGGUGCGGUUCAAGAUGGGCGGCUACAAGGCGGUGAUGCCCAAGAUGGAGCAGGACUCGCUCAGCGACAGCCUCCGCCUGUGCUACAAGUACCUGAACCAGACCAGCCGGAGCUUCGCCGCCGUCAUCCAGGCGCUGGACGGCGAGCUGCGGCACGCAGUGUGCAUCUUCUACCUGGUCCUCCGGGCACUGGACACGGUUGAGGACGACAUGACGAUCGGCCUGGAAACCAAGGUUCCCCUGCUGCACAACUUCCACGCCUACCUGUAUCAGCCAGACUGGAAAUUCAUGAACAGCAAAGAGAAGCACAAGCAAGUGCUGGAGGAUUUCCCGACGAUCUCCUUGGAAUUCCGGAAGUUGGCAAAGGUCUAUCGGGAUGUGAUUUCUGACAUUUGCCACAAAAUGGGACUGGGGAUGGCUGAAUUCCUGGAGAAGAAGGUGGAUUCCGAGAAGGAAUGGGACAAGUAUUGCCACUACGUCGCCGGCCUUGUGGGGAUCGGCCUCUCCCAGAUCUUCUCCGCGUCGAAGCUGGAAGACCCCAUCGUGGGCCAAGACAGGGAGCUCGCCAACUCCAUGGGGCUUUUCCUGCAGAAAACCAACAUCAUCCGGGACUAUCUCGAGGAUCAGCUGGAGGGCCGGGAGUUUUGGCCCACGGAGGUUUGGAGCAAGUACGUGAAGAAGCUGUCCGACCUGGCCAACCCGGAGAACCUCGACAAGGCCGUGCAGUGCAUGAACGAGCUCAUCACCAAUGCCUUGCAUCACGUCCCCGAUGUCUUGACGUAUUUAUCCCGCUUGAAGAACCAGAGCGUGUUCAACUUCUGUGCUAUCCCCCAGGUGAUGGCCAUCGCUACCUUGGCUGCCUGCUACAACAACCACCAGGUGUUCAGGGGCUUGGUGAAGAUCCGGAAGGGCCAGACCGUCACGCUGAUGAUGGACGCCCAAAACAUACAGGCCGUCAAAGCCAUCAUGUACCAGUAUGUGGAAGAGAUCUACCAGAAGAUCCCCAGCACAGACCCUUCCUCCAGCAAGACGCGGCAGAUCGUCGCCUCGGUCCAGUCCCUGAGCUUGCCCAGCGGCGCCCUGGCCUCCCGCACGCACUACUCGCCCAUCUACCUGUCCUGCGUAAUGCUUUUAGCCGCGCUGAGCUGGCAGUACCUGAGCACCGCCUCGAAAGCGGCAGAGGAAUUGGUGCAUACCGGAGAGAACUGAGAUCGGCGCGUCAGGAGCGUCGUGUUGUUUGGGGUGGGUGAGGUGUGGCCCUGGAAGGGAGAACAUUUUGGAAUUGCGGGAUAUGUGGAGAAAAGCAUUAAAGCGUAAGCCAGCUGGGGCUGGAAACUUUGGCCUAGGAGUGGCUAGCUUCAAAGCAACUAACACAAUAGGUUUGGAAUAGCGAGAGCCUUUUUUCCCCUUUUUGAUGAACUGUUACAGACAAAUCUGUUGUUUGAGUCUUACUUAAUGAUUUCUUUUUGCAGAGCGUUUCAUCUGCUGGUGUUUUUUUUAAUGUAUAGUGUUUUUUAACUAGGAUGUUUGAAGGUGGCUCAUUGUUGCUCAUGUAUUUUGACAGUAAAAACAAGUGAUCUAUGA